GCUACUAAGCCAGUGAGCGCGCGGAGUGGAGCGAGGAGCGCCUUCUGCGCUGAGUGGCAGUGGUCUGGUGCUGCCGGAGCACUGUGCCGAGUGAGGUCGGAAUCUGCACCCCACUUUCCGCCAGCUCCCGUCCCACUUGCUUACGCUCAGGAGCUCAACGCGUGGGAUCAGAUACUAGACUACGGGAUGCUGCCCUCCAGAUCCCCGAGGCGUGGCAGGGUCUCGGUCAUCAACCUGAGGGAGCAAGCUGUUGGAAUGAGAGCUUCUGGGAGACACGAUGUCUCCCUCAAGAUUGUGCUGGCCACGGGCUGCCUCCUCCUGGCCAGCUUCUCAGGGGCCUCAUCUGCAGUGGCAACUGAGUGUCCUGAUCAGAGUCCUGAGCUGCAGCCUUGGAUCCCUGGCCAUAACAGAGACUACCAAGUACACAUUGGUCAUGGCAGGAAACUACUGCUCACCUCUUCUGCCACAGUCCACUCCAUCACUAUCUCAGGGGGAGGAAAGCUUGUCAUUAAAGACCACCAUGAGCACAUUGUGCUGCGCACCCGGUAUAUCCUGAUUGAUGACGGUGGAGAGCUGCAUGCUGGGAGUGCCCUUUGCCCUUUUGAGGGCAAUUUCAGUAUUGUGCUGUAUGGAAGGGCUGAUGAAAACAUCCUGCCAGACCCUUACUAUGGCCUGAAGUACAUCGGAGUAGACAAAGGAGGCACUCUUGAAUUACAUGGGCAGAAAAAGCUUUCCUGGACUUUUCUAAACAAGACCCUUCAUCCUGGUGGCAUGCAGGAGGGAGGAUAUUUUUUUGAAAGGAGCUGGGGCCAUCGUGGAGUCAUUGUCCAUGUCAUUGAUGCCAAAUUGGGCACAGUUGUCCAUUCUGACCGGUUUGACACUUACAGAUCCAAAAAAGAGAGUGAACGUCUGGCCCAGUAUUUGAAUGCAGUGCCCGAUGGCAGGAUUCUUUCUGUCGCAGUAAAUGAUGAAGGUUCUAGAAACCUGGAUGACACAGCCCGGAAGGCAAUGACCAAACUGGGCAGCAAGCACUUUCUCCACCUUGGAUUUAGACACCCUUGGAGCUUCAUCACUGUGAAAGGAAAUCCCUCCUCUUCAGUUGAAGACCACAUUGAAUACCAUGGUCACAAAGGCUCGGCUGCUGCCCGGGUUUUCAAACUGUUCCAGACAGAGCAUGGCGAACAUUUCAAUGUUUCUUCAUCCAGUGAAUGGGUUCAAGAUGUGGAAUGGACAGAGUGGUUCGACCAUGAUAAGGUGCCUCAGAGCAAAGGUGGGGAGAAAAUUUCAGAUCUUCGAGCAGCUUACCCAGGAAAAAUCUGCAAUCGACCCAUUGAUAUACAGGCCACAACAAUGGAUGGAGUCGCCCUCAGCACUGAGGUUGUCUACAAAAAUGGCCAAGAUUACAGGUUUGCUUGCUACACCCGGGGCAGAGCCUGCCGCAGCUAUCGAGUGCGAUUCUUAUGUGGAAAACCCGUGAGGCCCAAGCUCACGGUUAGCAUCGACACCAACGUAAACAGCACCAUCCUGAGUCUGGUGGACAAUGUGCGGUCAUGGAGGCCUGGAGACACCCUGGUUGUUGCCAGCACUGACUAUUCGAUGUACCAGGCAGAAGAGUUCCGGGUGCUCCCCUGCAAAGCUUGCACCUCUACACAGGUCAAGGUGGCAGGGAAACCACAGUACCUACAUAUUGGGGAGGAGAUUGAUGGUGUAGACAUGCGGGCUGAGGUCGGACUCCUGACUCGGAACAUUGUGGUGAUGGGGGAGAUGGAGGACAGAUGCUACCCCUACACCAAUCACAUCUGUGAUUUCUUUGACUUCGAUACCUUUGGGGGCCACAUCAAGUUUGCACUGGGGUUUAAAGCAGCCCACUUGGAGGGCGUGGAGCUGAAGUACAUGGGGCAGCAGCUGGUGGGCCAGUACCCAAUUCACUUCCACCUGGCUGGAGAUUUGGAUGAACAGGGAGGCUAUGACCCCCCUACCUACAUCAGGGACCUCUCCAUUCAUCACACAUUCUCCCGAUGCGUCACUGUCCAUGGCUCCAACGGUCUGUUGAUUAAGGAUGUUGUGGGCUAUAAUUCUUUGGGCCACUGCUUCUUCACUGAAGAUGGGCCAGAGGAACGCAACACUUUUGACCACUGCCUUGGCCUCCUUGUUAAGUCAGGGACCCUUCUCCCAUCCGAUCGAGAUAGCAGGAUGUGCAAAGUGAUCACAGAGGACUCAUACCCAGGGUACAUCCCCAAGCCCAGGCAGGACUGCAAUGCCGUGUCCACGUUCUGGAUGGCGAAUCCCAACAACAAUCUCAUCAACUGUGCAGCUGCAGGGUCUGAGGAAACUGGAUUUUGGUUCAUUUUUCACCAUGUGCCAACGGGCCCCUCUGUGGGAAUGUACUCCCCAGGUUAUUCUGAGCACAUUCCCCUGGGUAAAUUCUACAACAAUCGAGCACAUUCUAACUACCGGGCUGGCAUGAUCAUAGACAAUGGAGUCAAGACAACUGAGGCCUCAGCCAAGGAUAAACGGCCCUUCCUCUCCAUCAUCUCUGCCAGGUACAGCCCUCACCAGGAUGCAGACCCACUGAAACCUCGGGAACCAGCCAUUAUCCGACACUUUACUGCCUACAAGAACCAGGAUCAUGGAGCCUGGCUGCGGGGUGGGGAUGUGUGGCUGGACAGCUGUCGGUUUGCUGAUAAUGGCAUUGGUCUGACCCUGGCCAGUGGUGGAACCUUCCCAUAUGAUGAUGGCUCCAAGCAGGAGAUAAAGAACAGCUUGUUUGUUGGCGAGAGUGGCAAUGUGGGCACAGAAAUGAUGGACAACAGGAUCUGGGGUCCAGGUGGCUUGGACCACAGUGGAAGGACCCUCCCUAUUGGCCAGAAUUUUCCAAUUAGAGGAAUUCAGUUCUACGAUGGCCCCAUCAACAUCCAGAACUGCACCUUCCGCAAGUUCGCAGCCCUCGAGGGGAGGCACACUAGUGCCUUGGCCUUCCGCCUAAACAAUGCCUGGCAAAGCUGCCCUCACAACAAUGUGACCAACAUAGCCUUUGAGGAUGUCCCGAUUACUUCCAGAGUGUUCUUCGGAGAGCCCGGGCCCUGGUUCAACCAGCUGGACAUGGAUGGGGACAAGACAUCUGUGUUCCAUGAUCUGGAUGGCUCUGUGUCGGAGUACCCUGGCUCCUAUCUCACUAAGGACGACAACUGGCUGGUCCGACACCCAGACUGCAUCAACGUCCCAGACUGGAGAGGGGCCAUCUGCAGUGGGCGUUAUGCACAGAUGUACAUCCAGGCCUACAAGAGCAGCAAUCUGCGCAUGAAGAUCAUUAAGAAUGACUUCCCCAGCCACCCGCUCUACCUGGAGGGGGCCCUCACCAGGAGCACCCACUACCAGCAGUAUCAGCCUGUCAUCACCCUGCAGAAGGGCUAUACCAUCCACUGGGACCAGACAGCCCCCGCCGAGCUUGCCAUCUGGCUCAUCAACUUCAACAAGGGUGACUGGAUCCGAGUGGGGCUCUGCUACCCAAGAGGCACCACCUUUUCCAUCCUUUCAGAUGUUCACAAUCGCCUGCUAAAGCAAACGUCCAAGACUGGGACCUUUGUGAGGACUCUGCAGAUGGACAAAGUUGAGCAGAGCUAUCCUGGCAGGAGCCACUACUACUGGGAUGAGGAUUCUGGGUUGCUCUUCUUGAAAUUAAAAGCCCAGAACGAAAGGGAGAAAUUUGCUUUCUGCUCCAUGAAGGGCUGUGAGAGAAUCAAGAUUAAAGCUCUGCUCCCAAGGAAUGCAGGCAUCAGCGACUGCACGGCCAUGGCUUACCCCAGGUUCACUGAGAGGGCCAUAGUGGAUGUGCCAAUGCCCAGGAAGCUCUUUGGGGCUCAGCUGAAGACAAAAGACCACUUCCUGGAAGUGAAGAUGGAAAGUUCCAGGCAGCACUUCUUCCACCUUCGGAAUGACUUCGCUUAUAUUGAAGUGGAUGGGAGGAAGUACCCUUGCUCAGAAGAUGGCAUCCAGGUAGUGGUGAUUGAUGGGAGUCGAGGUCACGUGGUGAGCCACGGCAGCUUCAGAAAUGCCAUUCUGCAGGGCAUACCCUGGCAGCUCUUCAACUACGUGGCAGCUAUCCCUGACAAUUCCAUAGUGCUCAUGGCAUCAAAGGGCAGAUACAUCACCAGAGGCCCAUGGACCAGGGUGCUGGAAAAGCUUGGGGCAGACAAAGGUCUCAAGUUGAAAGAAAAGAUGGUGUUCGUCGGCUUCAAAGGCAGCUUCCGACCCAUCUGGGUGACUCUGGAGACUGAGGACCACAAAGCCAAAAUCUUCCAAGUGGUGCCUAUCCCUGUGGUGAGAAAGAAGAAGCUGUAAGGAGAGUCUCCACUUGGUACCACCCCAGGCUGGAACCCUAUAGUAGCCGGGGUCAGGAUGGCUAGGCCCCCUGGUUCUCAGCUCUGCUGGGCUAAGGGACAGAUAUCAGAGACCUUGGUGCUGCCACCUGCCCCUACUCAAGUCUACCUGCAGCCCCUGGGCAGUGUUGGCCGAUGCUACAACCUCCUCUUGGGUGCUUCGCUCCUAUCUGUGCCUCAUCAGUAGGCAUGGGGACCAUACAAAGAGACCUGGGUUGUACUGACAGCAAAGGGCCACUUGGGCAGGAACCCACCUAGGAGAUGGUCUGGAUAAUGUGACCACUUACAGAUUUCCAUAGUCACUUUCAGAUACAUUAAGUAGCAGGUGGAAGGAGUACAUCUUUAUUCCUGUAAGUGAGGGUACAGCUUCCUGAGUUUAGGAGCUGGCGUAUGGACAGAGCUGUCCAGCAUGGCAGAUUGCACUGGGGAGGAGAUGGAACCCUGUCUACAGGGAAUCCUUUUUUCAAGAGACUUCACCUGGCACACUGGGACAGGGACUAGGUGGAUCCUGUUUGUCCUUCCUGAGAUUACAGGACUCAACUGUAUUUUGCUCUGUGCCUGGAGCCCAUCAGUAGAAGUAAUCAUUGUAGCUGACAUCUCCACUGAGUGCCCUGGAUACAGAGAAUGGAGCGAUGAGAGCUCACACCUGGGGGUCAGCUGGUGACAGGCAGCCAGGUCUCAGCACACUUUGAUACCAGGUUGAGAGAGCAGAGGUGGAUUGGAGGAGGGGAACCUCACCACACCCAGAAACAUGGGGAAGGCUUCUUCUGGGAGGUGAUGGUCCUGGCAGGAAUCAAGGACAGAGAUGAUGAAGAGAGAAGAGGUGGCCUCUGGCAUGGUUCAGAGGUGAAGGCUUUCCUGCCACCACUUGCAGCAUCUGAGUCAUGCUAGGUCACCUCUUACUGACCCACUUGUGAUAGAGAAGCAGGGUCUGCGGAGAGAAAUGGACUGACUUACGAUGCACAGAACCUCAUUCAGAUUGGUUUCCAGCCAGCCCCCUCUGACUCUGCGAGAGGGUGAAGUGAAGUUCACAGACCUGAGGCUGUACAAUGGGGUCUCCAGUGCACUUCAGCUAGGAGCUGAGCAGAAGACUCCAGGAAAUCUGAACAUGCUCACGCCACAGUGAACCUGGGGUGUCAGAGAUGGAAAGGACCUUGGGGGCCCUCGAGGACAAUCUAGUCCAGCAUUUUGUACCUACAUCUGAGGAAAAUGGUACUUGAACAACAUAGCCAGGUCUGUGAGCCCCAAGCUCAGCAACCCACUGCCACACCACAUUGCCUCAGUGGCUAGCCUGGGGUGUCCAGUAUUCCCAAGUAGCUUUUGGAAGGGAACAUAUCACCUGAAAUGGGGAGAAGAGGUCCAAAAUAUAUGGUCUUUUGCAAAGGGCUUUUCCCUCUUGCCCCUCAGUACAUACUGCCCACUCUCCUCUGGGCAGCAGCCCUGCCACUGUCUUUACACUGCCAGCCACAUGUGGGCAUGGGCUGCUCAUGACUGUGGAAUUCUCUUGGUGCCACCUUAUUCCACAGUGGUGCUGGUAUGCCCAAGGGGUAUCAUCAGGAUAUGCCAAUGUGCUUCUGCUGGGCCAAUUGGCUCCUUGUGGGGAUCUGAGAGUGGUUGGCUCCAGACCAGGGUCUUUCAGCUUAUGUUCACUCUGAGCAAAUAGCUUCAAUGCCUAGAUGAGUGAAAACUAUCCAUGUCCAAUAUUCUUCUGAGACAUCAGGGUUUCUUUGUGUUUCAUGAAUGAGAUUGGUCCCCUUUCCUCCACAACCACAACCUAUCUUUUUUAAAGAAGAUUUGCUUUGGUCCCCUUUGUCCAGUGGUAUUAAGGAGCCUUAGUCCCAGAGUCCACUUUCCAGGUUGAGCCAACUCCCAGGGCUUCUUUCCUACUGAAUGGAUCUUCCAGCUGCUGGGAUGUGUCUGUGGGACCAUGCCUCUUAAGACAUAGUGGCUUCAGUUGCGAGUGUCAGAGAAAAGACCUCUUCUGGGGAGAUGAGUGGGAGUGGGAGGGGGAGGGGAUAAAAGUGACCUCAUGUUUUUCUUGUCUAAGUUUCAUUGACUUUUCAAGGCGAGGGUCUCACACUGUGAACCACUUAAGACUCGAUCACUUUCAGGUGGCCAUGAAUGUUGAAUGUCUUUGGCUCAGUUCAUUUCAGCAAAUACCUAUUGGAAAGUUCUCUUGAGUUGUACAUAUGUUGAACAGUACAGGGUUCUGUACAGAAAGUGUUCUUUCCGAAACUAUUCACCAAGAGUCGAUAUACAGGCAUUUUCUUGGUAGCACAAAAGUCUUUCUUGCUUAGAAAGUUGCUCUUGUCCUUUCUGUUGGUCAGCAUUGCCACUGAGUCAGGGGCCUUUGAUUGAAAGGCUCAUCUCUCCUGUUGGCUUAAUAGCUGGCCCUUUCUUGUGAAUUGGAUGCAUAGCAUGUUUUGUAUGUAAAUGUUCCUUAAAAGGGUCACCAUGAACAAAGGUAUAUUUUCUAUUUAUUUAUUAUAUAUUCACUUCAAGAAGUCACUGUCAGAGAAGUGAAGAGUCGUCUUAAGUAUUACAUUAGAGGAUGUCCUUUGGACCACCGGAAGGAGGUGUGCCCAGAGCCAAGGACAUCAGCUCUGGUUUGG